AUGAAGGAUGGACGUGGAUUUGGCAUUGGUGAGCUGGUCUGGGGGAAACUAAGGGGAUUCUCCUGGUGGCCUGGUCGCAUUGUGUCCUGGUGGAUGACUAGCCGAAGUCGAGCAGCCGAAGGAACACGUUGGGUGAUGUGGUUUGGAGAUGGAAAAUUUUCUGUUGUCUGUGUAGAAAAGCUGAUGCCUUUGAGUUCUUUUUCUACUGCCUUUCACCAGCCAACAUAUAGCAAACAGCCUAUGUAUAGGAAAGCAAUUUUUGAAGUCUUACAGAAAACUAGAUGAGGCCUGCACUGGAGCUUAUUAGGAUGCCGGAAGCAGAAAAUAUUGCAUGGAUACAGGUCUUAAACAAGAACAAAAGUGCAGCAGAGCAAAGGAAAUGGAGC